AAUUAAAAUGUGGAAUAAAUCUACUCCAGCUGUUACUUCAAAUUAUAGCUAUUAUGACAGUUGGAACACUAAUGAUACUGCUUCAUCCACAUAUACACAAGGAUUACAUACCUCAGAACCCGCACCGGAUAAUUUUACACAUGGACAUAUUCCGCAAUUCUACAAUUCUCACAAUCAUAAUUAUGGUCAUAUAAGUUAUGAAAAUCCUGAAAAUGUCAAUUUAAAUAACUUAAAGACAUUGCAAGACUUGAGCGCAUCGCAAGAAAUAUUCUUCCAAAAAUUUCAGGAGAAAAUGCAUACGUUUUGCGAAACUCAGGAACAAAAUAUUUCGAACAAAAUUAACAAUAUGCAAAACUAUUUUGAUAAAAAAAUAGAUGAACUGAAAACCUACUUCAAUACAAAAUUAGAUAAUUUACAAGUAAACAAAAACGCAAAUAAUAACGAUGGAGCUUACCCAGUAUAUUCGCUUCCAGAAGGUUUUCCAUUAAAAAAUAUGCAAGAAUUUGAAGAGUUCGAGGAAAAUAAGGAAAAAGCAGGGAGAACUA